AUGGAGGAACGCCCACGUUCCCUGGACCUUUCCUUAUCACCUUGCGCCACUUUUGAUAACCCAUGUCCAUUUGAUUCGGAUGAUACUGGCGAUAUCUCUCCUGACGAUGAUGGUGUUGCUAUCGACCCAGCUAUUUGGGACUCCCCUGUCUCCCCCAUUUCCACUGACUCGCCCCGCCCUGCCAACACGGGCUCUCAAUCAUCCACUGUCGUCAACUCCGACAGCUACAAUGGGUCGAUGAUGACCCUUCUGCCAGAACCCUCUGUCUAUGAGAUUCCAGAGGAUCCCAUCAUCCAGUUGAAAGAGUCAAUCCGUUACACAUCACCCAUCGUGCGCUCCAUGUCACCUGCUCCAAACUUGAAGUCGGCUCCAUAUCCGACAAAGCAGCUGCCAUUUGCUCCCGAGGAUCUCACCCGCGCCUUGAUCGGUCUACAGGUCUGCGCGUAA